GUUGUCCUCAACUCAGCUCACAUGAACAGGAUGCAAAAAGACACCAGACGACCAAAUUCAAUGUAUCUGGUGUUUAUGCUUUAUCUGCACUCUUGUUAAUCUGAAUUCAAGCAGCGCUACUCUGUCGUCUUCUAAAUUCUCUCUAUCUCAAGCAUGGCAGAAGCUGCCGCUCUCCACCCCCGCAAGAUCAUUACCGGAGCCGACACCUUCGGCUGUGAGCUGAAAGAUGCCCUCAUCGCCCACCUCCGAUCUCUCGACAUAGAAGUCGAGGACCUUGGUACAUCCUCUUACUACUCCGUCGCCGCCGAAGUCGGCCGCCGAGUAUCCGCUGCCUCAUCCCCCGAAAUUCGCGGUCUUGUUGCCUGCGGCACUGGCGCUGGUGUCGCUAUGUUUGCCAAUAAAUUCCCUGGAGUCUAUGCCGCCACUUGCCUGUCGACCAACGACGCCCUCAACGCCCGUUCCAUCAGCAACUGCAAUGUCCUUGCCGUCUCCGGAAUGUCCACCUCCCCCGACUCCGCCGUCCAGAUCCUCAACACCUGGCUCGAUACUCCCUUCAAGUCUCCUUGCCCUGCAUCCGAUUUUUCUCCAUGGCCCGCCGAGAUAUCUUCUUUUCUUGACAGUGCCCUCCCCGAAAUGGCCAAAAUUGGGGGAACCCAGGAGGAGAACAGUGCUGGAUACGGAUCUUCUUCACAACAGAAGCCACAAGAAGAGUGUGCGAUUUGCUGUUUAGUCAAGAACAGAGAGUUUUCACCAAUCGACAUAAUCCCCGGUGGGUCAAUGAAAAUUGUGAGGGAGAGUCCCACAUCUGCUAUAGUGAGAUUCGAGGCAGGGAGUGUGGAGCCUGCGCACCACCACACUUUUGGGCAUUGCUUGGUUGUGAUUAAAGGGAGCAAGAGGGUAUGGAACUUGACUAAGAAGGAGAAUUUCAAUUUGGGUGUUGGAGAUUAUCUGUUUACUCCUGCAGGUGAUGUGCACAGAGUGAAGUAUUUUGAGGAUACAGAGUUCUUCAUCAAGUGGGAUGGACAAUGGGAUAUGUUCUUUGAUGAGGAUAUUGACACUGCUAAGAAUCUCACUGAGAAGGAAACUGUUGAUGGGUCGAGCCUGUAACAACAUGGGUUGUUUUGAAUGAGAGGAGCAAUGAAUCACAUUGUGCUCAUGUGCAGGAACCCAUUAUUGGCAUGCAUGUUGUUAAUGGUGGUAUGUGAAGAAUUAUGUGAGCUAUUUGGCUUUUGACAUAGUUUUUAGCAAAAUCUGUCUGUAUUUUGUGUUUUUGUUGGUUCUCAGAUCGGGGACCUUAUCAUCUUGUGUGAUGUGUGUGUGUAUCUUAGACCAAAUCAUCUGAAUAAUAGUAUGGUGUGUAUGUAUGA